CCGGAUGUUGUGGGCACUUCCUGACCAUUCCUGCCUGCGCAGCCUUUGCAGAAACCCCACGCCAGGUAGAGCCCAGGAACCCCCAGCUCCAGCAUGUGGGCACAGCCGUCUGCUGCUUUGGCCCUUCUAUGCCUGCUGCAGGUGCAGGCCGAGCUGCCCGUCCAGGCUGACUUCCAGCAAGAGCAGUUCACGGGCACCUGGUACAGCAUCGGCCUGGCCUCCAACUCCCGCUGGUUCAAGGAGAAAAGGCAGGUCAUGAAGAUGUGCACCACAGUCGUCUCCCCCACGGAAGACGGGAACCUGGACAUCGCCUCCACCUACCCCAAGCUUGACCAGUGUGAGACCAAGAGGACCGUUUUCCUCCGGACGGAAGAGCCUGGACGCUUCACCUACACCAGUCCUUGUAUGUGGGAGCCCCUCCCCCACCCCUGAAGGCCCCCUGCCCUC